UCAGUGCGUGGCUCUGGCUGCAGAAUGAAGUUGGUAAAUAAGGUUUGACCUCCCUCGCUGUGUGGAGGGAGGGAGAGAGAGAGGGAGAGAGAGAGGGAGAGAGAGAGGGAGAGAGAGAGGGAGAGAGAGAGGGAGAGAGAGAGGGAGAGAGAGGGAGAGGGGGGGAGGUAAAGUGGAUUACACGCUGACCGUCAGCAGCAGCAGCGGGAGAACCACAGACAAACACCCCGCAGCUCCCGGUGCCUUCAGUCCGUCCUCUGGAACUGGUGUUGGGGGGAAAAGAGGGAGAGAGUCCCGCGCUGUCCUGCUCCUGUCAGCAGAGUUCGAUCUCGCCCACCACACCGUGACCCCGUGGUGACCAUGAUGGCAGGUGAUAUGAUGUUACUGAUGCGGGGCUUGGCGAAGCUAAGCCAGGCAGUUGUGGAGACACAGACUAAUACUCUGCGCAGUGGGACAGGAAUCCCAGGUGUUGGUGCUGCUGUGCAGAGUGUCCAGUCAGCUGCAGAGCAAGGCCUCUCUGUGGCCAUGAUGAAAAUGCAGGAGAUGUCUGGCCAGCAGCAAACGUCUUCUUCAGAGUCGGAGUUUGACUUCCCUCCGGAUGACAGCACGUUCGCAGCUUCAGAGUUCAGGGAGGAAGGCGGGGACUUCAGCGGAAGUAGCACUGACACAGCAGCUCAUCACAACGAAGCCGUAGGGGCGAGCCAUGUCAGCGGGAAGCGGUCUCUGUUCGACGGCUACAAAGAUCCAAGCAAACAGUUCAGUGGUGACACCAGAUCUUACCACCAAGAUGCCAGACAUUACAUUGGGCACCAUCAUCUCUACACUCACAGUGUGAAUAGGCACAUGUGGGCAAAGUUAUACUGUCGGCAUCAGGUCGCGCAGACCAGGAGCUAUCAUCAGGACCCGUCUACAGUCGGAGGUCUGACGGCCGAAGACAUUGAGAAAGCACGACAGAGCAAGAGGACGGAGAUCAAACCACACAAACAGAUGCUGAGUGAGCGAGCCAGAGAGAGGAAAGUGCCGGUGACUCGGCUCAGCAGACUCGCCAACUUUGGAGGUCUGGCUGUAGGGUUGGGUAUUGGAGCUCUGGCAGAAGUUGCCAAGAAGACCAUGAGACACAGUGGUGUAGCAGGUGAAAACAAGAAAGCCGUUCUGGACUCCAGCCCAUUCUUGUCCGAGGCGAACGCUGAACGCAUCGUCAGAACUCUCUGCAAAGUCCGAGGAGCUGCUCUAAAACUGGGACAGAUGCUCAGCAUUCAAGACGAUGCAUUCAUCAACCCUCAGCUCGCCAAGAUUUUCGAGCGUGUAAGACAGAGUGCUGACUUCAUGCCAAUCAAACAAAUGACAAAAGCAUUGAACAGUGACUUGGGUCCAAACUGGAGAGACAAACUGGAGUCGUUCGAGGAGCGUCCGUUUGCGGCAGCGUCCAUUGGCCAAGUUCACUUGGCGAGGAUGAAGGACGGGAGAGAAGUAGCCAUGAAAAUACAGUACCCCGGUGUGGCUCAGAGUAUCAACAGUGACGUCAACAACCUGAUGACGGUGCUGAGCAUGAGCAAUGCUCUGCCUGACGGUUUGUUUCCAGAGCAUCUGAUUGACGUGAUGAGGAAAGAAUUGGCUCUGGAAUGCGACUAUGUUAGAGAAGCUCAGUGUGCAAAGAAAUUCAGAGAGCUACUGAAGGACCAUCCAUUCUUCAAUGUACCAGAGGUGAUAGAGGAGCUGAGCAACAAAUAUGUCCUGACCACAGAGCUCGUCUCUGGGUUUCCUCUGGACCAGGCCGAGAGCCUCUCACAGGAGCUGAAAAAUGAGAUCUGUCAGAACAUCUUGACGUUGUGCCUCAGAGAGUUGUUUGAGUUCAGAUACAUGCAGACCGACCCAAACUGGUCCAACUUCUUCUACGACCCACAGACACACAAGGUGGCGCUGUUAGACUUUGGAGCCACUCGAGGAUUUGACCAGAGUUUCACAGACGUCUACAUUGAGGUCAUCCGUUCAGCUUCUGAGGGCGACAGUGAGGGAGUUCUGAAGAAGUCUAUCGAGAUGAAGUUCCUUACUGGUUAUGAGUCCAAGGCAAUGGUGAACGCACACGUGGAUGCCGUGAUGAUCCUCGGCGAGGCCUUCGCCUCCACAGAGCCCUUCGACUUCAGUUCUCAGUCCACCACAGAGAGAAUCCACAACCUGAUCCCCGUGAUGCUCAAACACCGCCUCACCCCGCCUCCAGAGGAAACGUACUCGCUCCACCGCAAGAUGGGCGGCUCGUUCCUCAUCUGCUCGCGGCUGAACGCAAAGCUGGGGUGUAAGGAGAUGUUCCAAACGACGUAUCAGAAAUACUGGGAAGGCCGCACACCCCCCUCUCACUCAGCGUAGGCCAGUUUCAAGUGUUUGGAUUGACAGUUCCCGGGGCCAACGGUUAAGUGACCGUCAGGUUGUGAUGAUGCAGACGUGCAGAGCAGAGGCCGCGUUUCCUGACCUUAACUGGUCACUGAUCACUUUGGGCAUCCCACUACAAUGAGGCUUUGGAAGGCACUUCUAAAUAUUUACCCCCACCACUUCUGAAAGGGGAAGGCUGAAGCAACAUGGCGUCUCAGAGCUUUAACUCUUAGCUACAUUUAGCCCUGAGAGGACAGACCGAGGAGACAUUAAAAAGAGGAACAGUCCUGUUCAGGUGUAAAAUGAAUGUUUGGAAUUUCUCUCCUCUUUCAAGAUAAUUCUUCUUUUAUUUUGUGUUGUGUUGCUGUGCUUUGUUGAACUUCCAGGGCGAAUCGCAAGUGUCCAGAAAUGUCAUGGGUGGAAACAUUGAUUGUAUGAAGGUAGGGGACUUAACGUUUUAUUGUGAGGUCACAAGAUGAUAACAGGGUUAAUUCAGUAUCCGGGCUGUACGAGUCACUGUCAACCAGGACCAACUUGUCUGGCUCACAAACGUAUUUGAUUUUUGUUUCGUUGGAAUAAUUUAGGCUUGUUCUUAAUUUAGACGACAUACGAAAUGCAGGAGUUUUGAUUUGAAAUAGUUUAGAAUCGGAUGCCAAGCGACUGAGUUCAGGUUUAUUUAGCCAGUUACGGGAAAUGUGGCAAACUGGAAUUUGUCGGCAUUUACACUCAGAGGUGUGAGAUUUAACUUGUGUAUAGUUUAUCUAGUACAGUUUCUUCUGUAUCAUCGUAGCCACAUUACUGAAUCAUGUUUCUGCUCUACUUUCUGUUGCUGUUUUUAGCUUUUAUUCUCUGAGGGAAAACCUUUGGGGCAAUGAAACUGAUCUGUGCGUUUUAACAAACAUGAUUUUACUCCGUUUGUGUCUUGGGAUGAAAAUCUUCAAAGCUCCUGCUCGAGAUUUUUGUCCUUUUUCUCCUGAGUUUUCUUGUUUGGAUUUAUUGCAUGAUUUGCAGUUAAUUACUAACAAAACCGUUAUCAUUGUGGCUCUGUGUUAGAAAUCUAUAGACUCACAAAAAUCAUAAAAAUGAACCCACAUGAAUCGUUUCUGUCCCUAAGAAGAUGAAGCCUUCGUAUCAGCGCUGUUUCAUGAAUAUUUACGAGAGAUUCAUCUCUGUUUCGCACAAGCUCAGCUCCUGGGCCCGCCUCGCUUCUAAGUCCGCAAUCGCUCCACGCCGUCUCGGGUUCCUCACCUGGUCGGCGUGCGACUCAGUUCUCUCUACCCUGCUGUGUGAGGAUGGGGUAAAAUCGAGGUGCCUGUAAUUUCCAGUGGAGGGUUUUUUUGUUGUUUCUUUGCUAGAAAUCUCUACUUUAUAUUUCAUAUCAAGGAUGGUUUAAAUUUUCUAAUCAAACAGAAUUCUUAACUGAAAGAUGUGAUGGAGAUGUUCCAUGAAAAAAAGAGUAAAAGUUUGAUCUACUCUGGUCAA